CAACGACGUUCAGCUCAUCAUCAGCUGCCACUGCUUCUAACCACUCCCCACUACCUCUAGCUCUCCCUCACAGCCAUGGCCAAGGGCAAGGGAAGCAAGAGCGGCUCGAGUGGUCUGCCAGCCUCAUCCGCGACUCUGAAUCGAUGGAAUACGGCAGACGACAUCCCCUCGGACGACGAGGAGCGCUUCCACCACAAUCGAGAUCAGGUGCUGCUGAAUGGCGAUGAUGGCGACAAUGACCAGCCUGACGCAUUUGCCAAUCAGCGCGAGGUGCUUGGUCUCGAUGAAUCAGAGGCGGACGACUCCUCAGCAGACGAAGGCCACGAUGGUGCGAGCAAUGAUGACACUACCGCCGCACCCACUCGCAAAUCCAAGCAAUUCAAGCGCCUUGACAAGACAGCGGCCACUGCAGAGCCCCUCUCUGACUCAGACGUGGACGUUUCUUCAGACGAAGAGGAGGACAUUUCGCGAUGGGGCUCCAAUAAGCGCUCCUACUACAACACAAAUGACCUCGACCGCAUGGACUCAGACUCGGAGAUCGACGAGGAGCAGGCACGCGAGCUUGAACUCAAUGAGGUCAAGCGAUUGCAAGCUAAGUCUAGGAAGGGAAUGGAGGAUGCGGACUUUGGGCUCGGAGAGGCGGAUGAGUUGGGUGGAGCGGAGCAGGGUGGCAAGGGGGUGAGGGAGAGGGAGAGAAGGAGGGCAGAGCUUGAUGAGGCACAACCCGCAGUCAAGGCGACAUCAAUAGCAGCAGCUGCAGGCAAGACUGCUUCCGCCGCUGCUGCUCUGCCCACCGACCCGGUGGCUCGCGCCUCUCUCCUCGUCCAACUUCAAAAGGACUCGCCCGAGACCGUCGCGCUCGCUGGCGACUUUGCGGAUGCCGUCGAUCAGCUCAUCAAGACCGAGUCACUGCUCAAAUCCAAGGACAGCCAGAGCCCAGACUUCAUGGACGCUUUCGGGAUGCACCACAUGCACUACCAGGCCCUUUUGGCCUACGUGACCACCCUCGCCUAUUACUUCAGGCUGCGCUCUCUUCAUGCGUCCGAGCCCCAUCGGCUGCGCGACCAUCCCGUGCUGGCGAGAUUGCUCAAGCUGAAGGAGGGCCUGUCGAUGAUGGAAAGCCUGGACUUCGCUGUGCCGCUGGACGAGGAGGAGGACGGGGAAGAGGAGGAAGAGGUUGAGGCCGAUCUCGAGGGCGGGUUGGAUGAUCUUCAAGAGCAGAUGCCCUUCCUCUACGGGAGCGAAGAGGACGAAGACAUGGGUGAAUUGGACGAUGAUGAGCUGGCAGGUCUCAUCGCAGACGAGAAAGAGAACGCCGGCGAGCAGCAGGCAAAGGCAGUAAAGACAGCUAAGGCUAAGAAGCCCAAGACAUCCAAACGAGCGCGAGACGCAGCUGCUCCAACACCAGUCCCAGUUCCAGCUCCUCUCGCUGGCCUGGCCGACGCAGACGACAGUCUGCUCCUCGCUUCAUCAUCCCGCGGCUCAGCAUCCCGGAAGUCCAAGCCAACUCUCAUCGACGACGGCGACGCUUAUGGUGAGGCUACUUCCCUCACUGCCUCUGAGCUAGCGGACAAAGCUGCGAAGAAGAAGUCGCUGCGUUUCUACACUGGCCAGAUGGAUGCGAAGGAAGCACGUCGUGGGCAGGCUGCGCGCGACCGCAUGGGUGGAGAUGCUGAUAUCCCGUAUAGGGAUAGAGAGCGUAGCAGACAGGGCGUAGAGCAGGCCAAGGCGGCGAGGGAAGGAAAGACCAAUGGCAAAGCGGACGCUGCUUUGGACGGGGAGGACUGGGGUGAGGGAGACAGCCGUGAUUGGAGGGAGGUGAUGGGGCAGAAGGGCGCUAGCGAUGCAGGGACUACGGCAGGUGCGGCUGGCGACGAUGACGACGAUGAUUACUACGACCUCAUCACGUCAAGCCGUCGCGAAGCCAAGCGCGCAAAGAAGGAGUCACACGACGCCGAGCGCGACGCCUCCCGCAUCGUAGAUGAUCCUGACCUCGUCGAGGGCGAAGAUGGCUCACACCGCGCCAUCAAUCGCCAGAUCGCGAACAACAAGGGUCUCACCCGACAUCGCAAGCAGGAUCGCAAUCUGCGAGUCAAGAAGCGCAAGAAGUACGAGAAGGCGCAGAAGAAGCUCAGCAGCACGCGCGCGGUGUAUAAGGGUGGGCAGGGAGCAUUGCAGGGUGGUUAUCAGGGUGAGGCAAGCGGUAUCAAUACGGGCGUGGCUAAGAGUAGGAGGUUUGCGAAUUAGGCGCGAGGGAGAUCCAGGAUGGAGGAGGGAAGGAUUGGGCGUAGUCGGACCGGAGUCCGGGCCAUCCGGUCAAGGCAAAUGGAGAGAAAGCGGAUGGCAUCAUAGACGUGGUACUGCAUCGAUAUCGAUCUACGAUUCAAUGCAGUCUAUUCUCACGCAGAUCGUCGAGAGAGCUCCCUUUUCAGAUCGAGCAGAGAGGUC